AUGAACGACGAAUCCUCUGAUGAUGAGUAUGAAGAAAUUGUGCUUGCUCUUGUUGAAAAAUCCAUCAAGGAAGACACACCUCGUCGACGUGGUUCUAUUAAAGGUCGCAUAAGUAUCCAGCGUGAUCGAAGUGAUGCACAUGACAGGCUUUAUGCAGACUACUUUAGAGAUCAGCCCGUAUUCCCGAGUCAUAUAUUUAGACAGAGGUUUCGUAUGAAACGACCUCUGUUCUUGCGAAUUCAUAACGCAGUGGUAAAUCAUGAUUCUUAUUUUGUUCAGAAAAGAAAUGCCGCUGGAGUUCUUGGUUUGUCAUCCCUCCAAAAAAUUACAGCUGCACUAAGAAUGAUUGCUUAUGGUACGUCGGCCGAUCAAGUUGAUGAAUAUCUACAAAUUGGAGAAAGUAUAGCUAUUGUUAGUCUUAAGAGAUUUGUUAAGGCAGUAGUUGAAAUUUUUGGUGAUGAGUACCUUAGAUCACCAAACAACGAUGACAUUGUGAGAUUGCUUGCUAUAGGCGAACAACGUGGUUUCCGUGGAAUGUUGGGGAGCAUUGACUGUAUGCAUUGGAAAUGGAAGAAUUGUCCUAAAGCAUGGCAUGGUAUGUAUUCUGGUCACAUCCAUGAACCGACGAUUAUAUUGGAAGCAGUGGCAUCAAAUGAUCUUUGGAUAUGGCAUGCCUUCUUUGGACUCCCAGGAUCUCAUAAUGACAUUAAUGUGUUAGAGCAAUCAUCUGUGUUUGCUAAACUUGCUGAAGGACAUGCUCCUGAAGUGAAAUACAAAAUCAUGGACAAUGAAUACAACAUGGGAUACUAUCUUGCUGAUGGGAUAUAUCCACAAUGGGCAACAUUUGUUAAAACUAUUCCGGCUCCACAAGGGAGAAAACACAAACAUAUUGCUGACCUUCAAGAGGGAUAUCGAAAAGAUGUUGAGCGAGCAUUUGGGGUGUUACAAGCACGUUUUGCAAUUAUACGAGGGCCGGUACGUUUUUGGAAUCAAGAAGACUUAGCAAAUAUUAUGACAGCUUGUGUAAUCAUGCAUAACAUGAUCAUUGAGGACGAGAGAAAGGACAAUCGAAACAUUCAUCAGCUACACAAAGAUUACGACAAUGUGCCUAGAGGUCCACCUAUACCAUCAGUGUCGCGUGAGCCUACAUCCUCAUUCAUGGAAUUCCUUGCAAAUCAUGACCGUAUUAGAGAUAGACAAACUCAUUCUCAACUCCAGAAGGAUCUAAUCGAGCACCUGUGGAAGCUUCACGGAGAUUAUGACAAUAAUUAA